AAAAACUUUGAGCGAAGAGGAGGUUAGAGAUCUUUUUUCCAAUGGCAACUUCAGGAGAAUCAUCCUCAGAGAUGGAAGACUCGCACUCAGAAGCGAUUCCACAAUCUUCUCCACCGCUUCCUCCACUUUCUUCGAUUCCAAGCGCUAAGAUCGCAACGACGACGGUGGAGAACGCAGCUUCCUGGAUCGACGAGACGAUGCGUGAGGCGCUCGUGUACCAGAACACGAUCUUGGAGACGCUAGAUUCCACAAUCGACGCCUCGAAAUCUCGAUUGAGCCAAAUUCGAGAUACUUCAAUCGCUCACACCAGCCAAACAAUCGAUUCUAUUAGAGAGAUUGUUUCUGAGUAUAACGUUUACGAGCAUAUGGUGUUUGCGAAGAUCAAAGAUGGUGUAAACGUUGCUGCAUCACAUCCUCUAAUAUCAGGCGGUUUAGCUUUUGGUGUUGGGAUCUUUGCUCUGAAGAAGACGAGAAGAUUUGUAUACUACAAUACUUUACGCAUGCUCUCAAGCGAAGAGGCUUUGCUUUCUAGAGCGGAUCUUAGAGUAAAAGAGCUAAGACAAUCAUUGGAUCGUCUUACAGCUGAAAGUGAAAAGUUAGAGAGAGUUGCAACUGUGGCAGAAGAUGAGCUGAUUAGAGGAAGGAUGAAACUCAGACAAGCAGGAAAACAGAUACGAGGUGUGGUCAACUCAGCUUAUAAGAUUGAAAAACAAGCAGCAGGUUUGAAAGAUGUACUUAAAGAAUUGCCCACGAGAGAAGCUUCUCGUUUCCGUUCUCAAAUAUCAAACCGUGCUUCUGAAAUAAAGCAAGAGAGAAAGGCUUUGACAAAGGAAGUGAACAAGAUCAGCAACUAUGGUAUCUCCGUAUGAGGAAAAGCAAAACCCAUUUUUCUUGUUACAAAUUUGAUUACUCUCUUGAGUUCUUAAAAGAUGGAGCAAAUAUUUCACAAUAAUAAUGUCUAAAACAUGAUUAUGACUAACUUUUUUGUUUGUUUGAAGUCGAAUGCCAAAGAUGUCUUCUUGUCUUGUGUUUUCAAGGGCUUUGGUUCUUUGGCAAAUAGUUAGCAAUACAAGUUGAUGAUGAUGUUGUUCGAUCAUGAGUGUUUCUUUAUUCCAGUUAUUUUUGUUUGAUUUUUAAUGAAAUAGUAAUCAAAUUAAAGUCAAAUCUAU